AUGGGGGCUGACCAGUCAGUGGUGCUCAACGUGUACGACGUGGGCAUGUACUGGAUGAAUGAAUACACCUCAUCCAUUGGAAUUGGAGUUUUUCAUUCAGGAAUUGAAGUAUAUGGCAGAGAAUUUGCUUAUGGUGGCCAUCCUUAUCCUUUUUCUGGAAUAUUUGAAAUUUCCCCAGGAAAUGCUUCUGAACUAGGAGAAACAUUUAAAUUUAAAGAAGCUGUUGUUUUAGGGAGCACUGACUUUCUAGAAGAUGAUAUUGAAAAAAUUGUAGAAGAAUUGGGGAAACAAUAUAAAGGCAAUGCUUAUCAUUUGAUGCAUAAAAACUGCAAUCACUUUUCGUCAGCAUUAUCAGAGAUUCUUUGUGGGAAAGAGAUUCCUCGCUGGAUUAAUCGACUGGCCUACUUCAGCUCCUGUGUCCCCUUUCUACAGAGCUACCUCCUGAAGGAGUGGCACCCCGCUGCCCCGGGGUCUAGCUUCUGCCAAGAACUCCAGGAUGGACUGGAAGAGGCAGAGGAUGCUGCCGCUUCCGCAGCCAUGGCAAGCACUGCAGCAGGCUCCAGACCUGGGCGCCACACGAAACUCUAAGCAUCUCCAAAGUCACACCUUCAGAACUGUUUUGCCAAUUGAGUAUCACUAGGGAAAAGCAAACAGUAAGCAUCCUUUGGAGAUUUUGUAUGCAAAGAUGGCUCUCCCCCAAAUCCCAGCUCAGGAUUAUAUUUGUAAUCAAAAAAAGAAAAA